AUUUGUGGAAGUUCAAAGAUCAAUCGCCUUGAUGAGUGAAGUUGAUUAUUGCGUCAGUCGAUUCCACCCGACGCUACCGGUUCUUGUGUGCGGAUUUAAUCGAGUUUUCCUACUAAAUGCUGAAGACGUGUCUGUCCCGUUUUCUGAAUGGAGAGAGAAAGAAAUUUCGUUUGAUGGGCAGGGACUGAAAAUAAUAACCACUCUUGAAUGGAACUUUGACGGAAGUCAAUUGGCCGCUGGCUGCAAAGAUAAUACUCUAAUCGUAUGGAGCAGUUUUCCAACCGGUGAAAUUCUCCUAAACACGAAUUGCGAUUUCAAAUGGGUCUAUCGUAUCGCCUGGAACCCCGUUAAGCCAGAUAUUUUUGCUACUCUCCAUAAAGGUUUGAACAUAGUCUUGUUUUGGAACUCUACAACUCACGACGGAAAAUCGAACGUGUUUUACACGUCCCGACAUGGGAAGAGGAUCUCACAAGUGGAGUGGACAUCUGAAAAUCAAAUUGCUAUCGGGUUCAUGAAUGGCAUCAUUGAAAUUUGGGAAAUCGACGAAAAUGAAUCCAAGUUCCAGCUGUUUCAGACAAUUAAACGGAGAUUGGGUGCAAUAUUUGGACUCGAAUGGAGUAAUAUUACAAAGUAUUUAGCUUCUUGGGGGAAAGAAGGAUGGAUUACGAUUUGGUCACUGAGCAGCAGCAAAAGCAACAUGUCAAAAAUACCUGUUUAUUGCGAGAAAUUUGAACACGGCUUUCUAGUUUGGCUUGGCUUCCGGCUAGGAAUACGUUCAAUGGCGGAAUCGACCUGGCAAGGGAAAUGCAAGAGAACUUCACUAUUGCUUGUGGAUGUUUAGAUGGAUCGAUCUGCAUUUGGAAUCCUUUGGAAAAGGACGAAACGAAAAUGCUGAAAACUCUCCGUGGGCAUUUCGAUUCAGUAUCUUGUCUCUCGUUUGCCCCCGAUGGGAGGUACCUCGCCUCAGCAAGUCGAUAUAAUAUUACCAUCUGGUUGACUGAGACUUGGAAACCCGUGUUUAUUUCCACCACACUGAAAUUAAUUGCUUCACCUAAUGAUUGUAAAAUUUCUUUGUCGUGGAUGUGCAUUAACGGGUCGUCCGCGGAGUUCUCCGAGAAUUCCACUUAUAAAUUGACUUUUUCCUCGCGAAACAAUAAGAUCGUUGUUUGGGAAGUUGCAGCGGAGGUGGCCGAGGUGGGUGACAGUUGCUGAAAACUGUUGCUACUGUUAUACGUAAUAAUGCAAAAAAGUUAAAGUCCGAGUGCUUUUUCAGCAUUAUUGUUUCCUUUCCAUCUUCGGUGAAAACUAAUUCCUUUUUGUGAAAAA